AUGCCCAAGCCCAAAGCCCUUCUCAAGGAUAUGAAAUCCAAAAAAAAGACAAAGCAAUCGGCCCCAGAAACUGCCGACGAAUACCUGGCUGAAGGAGUCAACUUUGAAGAAGCCGGCGAAAAGUGGCGCGCCGGGGACGCCGUGAAGUCUAUGCGCUUCUUCAUGCGCGCUAUCGACACCUAUGAUACAGGAUUAAAACAGUACCCAAACUCAUUCGAUCUCGCUUACAAUAAAGCUCGAGUGCAAUAUGAGAUUACACAGCACCCCAAACUUGCAUCUCAGUUGCCCGCGCCCAUGAUCGAAAUUCUCCAGAUUGCACUGAAAUCUCACAGGGAGGCGCUUAGUAAAAACCAAGAUAAUGCUGAUAUCUUAUUCAAUACAGCUCAAGUAUUAACAAGUCUUGCUGAGGUGUUCGCUGAAGGCAGGCGUCAUUCCGAACCGCGAACUCACGAGGCCAUCAAAGACCUACAGGAAGCAUUAGAGCUGUUUCAAAGAUGCCUUGCCAUACAAGAGCUGCGAUUUACAGAACAUCAAGAACAGAUGAAUGCAAUUGAGUCUGGUAUGCCUGAUGAAGAAGAUCAGAUACCACCUCCUGAAUCAACUUUCCCACCCUCCGAACAAACCGAGCAGUGGGCAGCUGUGAUCGAACCAGUAACCAAAAAUACACUAGUAGAUACGGCGAUAGCCCAGCUCGAGGCACUAGCAACCUUGUGCGGAUUGCUCAUCUAUGAUCCAGGCAGCAGCGGUUUGGCCUGGAUCGAAGAAUAUUCUUCCGAUCUGCUUAGGGAGAAAAUCAACGCCUACGCUGAAGGAACAGAUAGAAAAUAUGACAUCGCCUUAGCACGUGCUAGAUUUGUGUCUGCGUUCACGGAAGCGGUAUAUCGAAAUGGCCAGAUUGACCUCGAGACAUACAAAAACGAACUUAACAACGCCUAUACCGACGGGCUCGAUGUUACCAACGACCCAGCUGGUUUGUGUAGCCAAGCAGAGGCGCUGGUCAGCUUCAAUUCGGCCCUAGCGGAUAUAUAUAGCCCAAACAACCCCGAGGAAUCAAAGAUGGUAUUGAAUUUGCGGUGGACGUCGCUCUCCUCCGCGCUAGACUCUUUGACCUCAGCCUCAAAGCUCCCUAGCACUGGGGAGAAUCUUCCAAAAAUACACAUAGCGAGGGGCGAUGUGGAGAUGCACCGCUGGCGCCUAGGCAAGGAUCCAUGGAACUAUGGACCGGCAGCGAACAAUGCCUCAACGUUGUUAAAGAACGCCGAGACGUAUUAUCGGGGAGCUGUGGCGAUAGCAAAACGCGACGGAUGGGCCGGUGAGGAGAGAGAAGGAAUGUUUAGAGAGGCGCUCGUCAAGACAUUGUCCGGCGAUUCUGCCCAGAUGGAGUCGCUUCUGGUGGACUCGAAAGAAGAGCUCACUCAGAGCGCGGACGACAUGGUUGAGGAUGGAUUGAUUACCAGCGAAGACUUUCAAAAAAUCAUACAUAGCAUGGCACCAGAUGAGAUCGUUUUCUAA